AUGGCGACGGCGCCGGAGGCGGUGGAGGUGCCGACGACGGAGGAGACGCCCGCGCCCGCGGCGAGCGAGGAUCAGGCGGCGCCCGCUGCAGCGGCGGCGGGGACGAACGCGACGGUGCCCGCGCUCUACGUGGGCGAUCUGCAUGAGAACGCGCAGGAGGAGCACAUCUUCGACGCCUUUAGCAAGGUCGGUGCUGUCACCUCCGUGAGGGUCUGCCGCGACAACGCCACCAGCAGGUCGCUUCGCUAUGGCUACGUAAAUUAUUUCUCCCAAGCCGAUGGUACACGCACACUGUCUCCAUCCAUCAUCUUUUUUUCCUUUUCUACAGUGUAA